CUACGCGAGAGUCUGGGACGAGUGAUGGCUACAUCCGCUGUACCUACCCCUGGGAAUAACGCGGUCGUCUUUCCCGACUUGGACAUUUUUUUGCGGGGCUGGGUGUUCCAAGGUGUGUACACUUCCCGAAUAUUUCUCUCGGAAGAAUUUCCCUUUUACUUUGUUUCUGCCAGCACUGGAGUCGGAAUCAGCUUUUCAGCGCUGAAAAUGCCCGUGUUCCACACAAAAACCAUCGAGUCAAUAUUGGAACCUGUGGCCCAGCAGGUCUCCACAUUAAUUAUUCUUCAUGAAGAAGCUGAAGACGGUAAAGCAAUGCCAGACUUGGCUAUUCCUGUACAAGCUGUUGGAGCAGCUGUUGAAAAUCUUGUCAAGGUGGGUAAAGAAACAGCCUCGUCCAGCAAAGAUCAAAUCCUCAAACAAGAAAUGCCACUUGCCUUUAAAAGAGUUGAGGAAUCUUCGAUAUUUCUUGUGGAAGCCUCUCAGAUUCUGAGAAGAGAUCCUCUGUCAUCUGAAGCUCGCAAGAAGUUAAUUGAUGGUGCCAGAGGAAUUCUUUCUGGUACAUCUGCAUUACUUUUAACAUUUGAUGAAGCAGAGGUACGUAAAAUUUUGAAGGUGUGUAGAGGAGUUCUGGAAUAUCUCUCUGUUGCUGAGAUUGUGGAAAGCAUGGAAGAGCUUGUGACGUUUGUCAAGAACCUAACACCAGGAAUCACUGAAAUGGCGAAAAAGGUUGAAGGCCGCAUUGAGGAGUUGACUCACCAAGUUCAUGCUGACAUGUUAAAGAAAUCUUUAAAUGCCGUUAAAGCCAUGUCAACGCAGUUGAUCACUGCUAUCAAGACUUACGUUUUGACUGUGCAAAGAGGAGGUCAAAACAUUGCAGAGGCUCAGGAAUACAGAAAUUAUGUUGUUGGCAAGAUGUCAUUUGAGAUCAGUGAAAUAAUCCGAGUAUUACAGUACACCACAUAUGAAGAGGAGGGAGGAGAUGACCCCUUGAAUGACAUGAAAAAAGCUGCAUCUCUCUUUGACAGUAACAUGGGGCCAGCCAUGAAGUGGGUCAACACACCAACAGAAUCUGCUGGAGGAUUAGGUGAGAAAGCUGUGAGAGAGUGCAUUGCACAAGGUCGUAAAUUUGCUGAUGCUAGCCAGGGACCUGAUAAAGGAAGGAUCAGGAAGGUUUGUGAUGAUCUUGAUCGACUGAUGGGGGAUUUGGCAGAGUUGAGAAGGCAAGGAAAUGGAACUUCUCCAGAAGGCCAACGACUUAACAAGGAAGUUGCCCAGCAGCUUGAAGGAUUAAAUUCAGAAAUGCAAAAUGCCAUAUUACAACAAGAGCAGUCUGGUGUGCGUCGACCAGCUAACACCCUUGUUGGCAAGAUGGAUCAGGUACACCAGUGGAUGAACAAUCCAUCAUCAGACCCUACUGGCUUAGGUGAACGGGCCAUUCGAGAAUGCAUCGAUGAGGGCCGUGCAGUAGCAGAUAAAUGCUCUGGUCCAGAAAGGAGUGUAAUUUUGCAGAUUUGUGAUGAACUUGAUCAACUUACCAAGGAACUUGCUGAAAUGAUGAGAAGAGGAAUGGGAAAUUCUCCCCAGGCAGCUGCUACUGCACAAAAGAUAGAGAGAAAGCUAGAGGAAUUGAACAACAAACUGCAAAAUGCAGUUGUUGCACAAGUUGCAGAAGAUUUCAUGGACACCACAACAAAUCUGAAGCAAUUAGAGAAAGCAGCCCGGGCUCCACCAGAUGCACCAGGACGGGAAGCUGAGUUUGAAGCUAAGGCAGGUGCCUUUGAACACCAAGCAAACCAAAUCGCCGACACUGCAAUUCAACUGGCAAAUGCUGGAGGAAACACCAACAAAAGACUCUUGGAUCAGAUACGACAAAAUGCAGAGGAGAUGAAAGAGUGGACUCCACAAGUUUCUCAUGUGGCUAAGAUUCUGUUGGAUUACGGCAAAUACUCACCUGGAGAUGCACCUGCUGUGUCGGUCCAUUUUGAAAAUAUGCGCGACAUUUGGAAAGACAAGAUGCAAGGCCUGACUAAUCUGGUGGACAGUGCAACAGACACUGCUAAAUUCAUUGAAGCUUGUGAAGAGGCAAUUAAUCGUGAUGCAGAAAUGUGCAAUGCUGCAAUGGAACAAGGAAAUCCACAGUUGGUGAUUUCAAAGAGCUCUAACAUUGCUCGGCGAGCCAAGAGAGUGGUGGAUGUUGCAGAAGCAGAGAUGGAGAAUUCAUUAGAUCCCGACUAUGUUGCAAAGAUGGCUGCGGCGAAGGAAAAUCUUGGACAGUGUAUCACACCACUGGUUAUUGAUGCGAAAGCUGUUGCAACAAAUCCGUCGGACAGAAAAGCACAGAGAAAGUUAAGAGAGUCUACAAGGAAGCUCCAAGAUGCUGUAUCUGGGGUACGAGUGAUAGUAACUGGUCCGUCACAAACUGAAGAGGAAGAAGAUUUCCCUCCACCUCCUCCUGAUAUCUCAGGACUUCACAUCGCUACAGCACCAGUUCAAGAAGUGCCUCCACCCCGCCCACCCCUCCCUCAAGAAUCCGCUGCACCACCACCACCACGCCCACCCCUCCCAUCGGACGAAAUGCAAGAAGUUCAAAUGGUUUUGGAGCAGCCACCGGAGGACAACAGAAUGGCGAUGGCAGCUCAUCAUCUUCACCGAGAGGCUCUCAAAUGGGAAGAGGAAGGAAAUGUACUCAUUCAAGCUGCUAAAAAGAUGGCCAUACUCUUUGCUAAGAUGUCACAGUUUAUGAGAGAUGCUGAAGAAGGUCAACCUCAGCGCUCAAAGAAAGAGCUGAUAGCACUUGCUAAAGAAAUAGCGGCGGCUAGCAAAGAAGUGUCUGCUUAUUCUUCCAAGAUUGCAAAAGAUUGUCCAGAUAAGAGAGUCAGUCAGACACUGACCCAAACAAUAGAAAGGAUACCAACAAUUAGCACCCAGUUGAAGAUUGUUGCCACUGUGAAAGCUACAAUGAUCGGAGCUGACGAUCCCAAGGCGGACGUGGAAGCCACGGAAACUCUUGUGGGAUGUGCUGAGAACUUGAUGGGAGCUGUCAGACAGGCCGUGCGUGAAACCGAGGCUGCUUCUGUCAAGAUGCGUUCUGCUGCAAACUCGUGGAGAAAAAGAUAGAAUAUGGGGAAAACA